UUAUAGUCCUAACGGCAGUUUUGGCCGUUAAACACUGCCUCUAUUCAUUCCUGAAACAAUCUGAUUCCCUCUCUCCCUCCCAUGCCCCCUCUCACUAUUCCCUCUUUUUUGAAACAGUGUGUCAAUAGGAAUCACUUGGUGCAGUGUUUGCCAUUUCCCCAACUUCUUCCUGUCCCUCACUGCUGCGGAAAACUAUCGAUAAACGGAGCAGGACCCCCGGACUGCAGAGUGCACAUUUUUGCCCUAAGACCACCUCCAGGAGAAGACUGCAACCCCUCAACCUGCAAGGACUGACAGCACUGCAAGGCAGUGCGAGCUGCACAGUGUCCCAUGGCUGUGCAGGAGCUGGGUAUCAGCCUGUCCAUGAUCGGCGUGGCCGGGACCAUCCUGAUCUGCGCCCUGCCUAUGUGGAAGGUGACGGCGUUCAUCGGCACCCACCUGGUGGUCAUGCAGGUGUUCUGGGAGGGUCUCUGGAUGACCUGCGUGAGUGAGUACACAGGCCAGAUGCAGUGUAAGCUCUACGAUGCCCUGCUGGACCUGUCCCCCGACCUGCAGGCAGCCCGCGGCCUCAUCUGCAUUAGCCUGGUGCUCGGAUGUCUGGGAUUCCUCAUCUUCCUCCUGGGGGCGCGCUGCACCAACUGCCUGAGCCACCCGAGGUUUAAGGCCCGGGUGGUGCUGAGCUCCGGGGCCGUCUUCUGCCUGGCGGCCCUCACCACCGUAGUUGCUGUCUCCUGGUCAGCCAACUCCAUCAUCAGAGACUUCCACAACCCACGAGUCCCUGAGGUGCUGAAGAGGGAGCUGGGAGCAGCCAUUUAUAUCGGGUUUGUGACAUCUGGGCUGCUGUUCUGCGGGGGGGGUAUUCUGUGCACCAGCUGCCCCCCACAGAGAGGCAGGUUUCCCUCCAGUGGGUACACACUGGCCAGGACACCCACACACAGCAGCUAUGCCUUCAAGAACUAUGUGUGACGUGAGGACUGAAAACACUCUCGAACAUUACGCCACUUACAGAACCAGUUUGCAGGAUUAGUGCCAUCUAAUGACGAGAAGGCAGAUUGCAACCAGCUGAAAACCCAUACAUUCACUUUACCCCUCCCAUUCCAUUUAUUUUCUUUAUUUCAUUGGUUCAAAAACAUCAGCUAGUACAACAAUGAUAAGAACAGAGAAAUGCCUAACAAUACGUCUUUAAAAACAAGAUGACAUUCCAAACAACCAAAUAAAAUGAAAAAGUUGUCAUGAUCUGAGUUUUUGUGUUUAUAGUUUCCUGAAUUUUAAAAAGUGGUCCAGUGAUUGUCUGAUUGUGUUCACCUACUGGCCUCUCCAGCUGUGUCUUGUCUCUGAUUAGUCUUAUGUGUACAGUAUUUAGCCAUGUCUCCCCUUGUGUUCUUUGUCAGUGCGUCAAAAACAUAAUAACAUUUUGAAAAAAAGGAUCAUUUUGAAAUAAUAACUUAGAACAAAUAAAUUAUCAAUAUUAUAACCCUUUCUUUUCUGGCAGUGAACAUGCAGAAAGCUCUCUCUAGGGUGUAGCAAACAGCAUGUCCAGGGUGGGGCUGCUGCACUGCUUUGAUGUUCUGUAUAAAUGAACAGAUGAGGAAUGGGGAGGGGGCUUUGUUGCUUAGCGGCUAAGCUAGCAGAGAGUGUAGUCACACAGCUGAAUUUUUGUGUAUUUUAAAUAAUACAUUACAUGUAAUUUCUUUUAGCUGACACUUUAAACAUUCAACCGUAAAGAUACAGACUCAGAACAGUAAGACAAAUGCAGGUAUAUUCGCUUUAAAUAAGCCAAACCAUUGUAAGUGCUGGUGCAUUAGUUUCAAAUGAGCUAGUGCCAUCGGGUAAUCGUUUUGUUGAAGCUUUGGCCAAGCUGCAGUUUAAACAUGUGGGUUUUAAGUCUGCUACACAAAUGUGAAGUCGUUCUGCGGUCCUGACUUCAGGUGAGCAAACAGCGGUACAGCGUCUUAAUGUUUCGUUGGCCUUGUUUUUUGGUUCAUCCAGUCUGGGCUACUGUAAAAGUAAAAAGAGGCACUCAUUCUAAGCUAACAGAAACACAAUGAUAUGUAGUUUCAGGUCAUUCACGUGGAUGGAAACAUGAUUAUAAAUAUUUCAUUAAUGCCAAAACAUCCCCUAUACCCAUUGGACCUUUAAGGAUACAUGUUCUGUAUAGUAUAUUGA